GGUGCAUCCCUCCCAUCCCACAUCCAAACAACUUAGGCUGGUCCUACCCCAAAUAACAAACCCACCCCCAACCUCUCCUAUCACACUUUUUCAACACCCUACCCUUCACCCUCUUUUUAUAAAUCACAAUGCGUCUCUCCACCAGCUUCGUUACCUUGGCCGCCGUCCUCGCCUACAAGAGCGCCUCCGUCUUGGCUUUGCCCAUGGAUGCCUCCGCCGAUCUCUCCCUCGUCGAGCGCGACAUUGACGCCUCCCUCGAGCUCGAAGCCCGCGAGUUCGACUUUGAGGACCUCGAUGCCAGGGAGUGGACCGACGAGUUGGAAGUCCGCGACUUCGACGACCUCGAUGCCCGCGAAUUUGACGAAUUCGACAUCGAGGCCCGUGGAUUCGACGAGUUUGACAUUGAGGCUCGUGAGUUUGACGAGGUCCAGCUCGAGGCUCGCAAGUCUGGCAAGGGCGCUUCCAAAACUGGUUCCAAGUCGGUUACACCCGCCCAAGCUGCGAACUCCCCUGCCUUGAAGCAAAAGACCAAUAACCAGUCUUCUACCACGAAGAAGACGACCACGGCCGCCAACAAGCAGUCCUCGACUACGAAGAGGAAUACUGGCUCAAAUAGCAAGCAGUCUGCCGCCAACAAGCAAACCUCGACCACGAAGAGGAACACUGGCAACAACAAGCAGUCCUUGUCGACGAAGAAGAGCACUAGCUCCAACAACAAGCAGUCUUCCACCACCAAGCGGAACCCUAACUCGAACAAGAAGUCCACCUCGACGAAGCGGACCACUUCUUCCAACAACAAGCCUGCCAACAACAAGCAGGUGAGCUCCAAGAAGAACAAGUCGCCCUCGGGCUCGCCCAACACGAAGACCACUUCCAACAAGAGGAACUCUUCUUCCACUACCAAGAAGGACGCCAAGAAGAAGACGACUCCUUCCACCAACAAGGCCAACAACAACAACAAGAAGGUCACCUCCAACACUGGCAAGAGCCCCCUCUCCACCAACCGAAAGAACAACAACGGCAACCAACGCACGCAAGGUGAAGGUUCCCGCCGCAACCGCCCCAACAACUUCUCUGGAGGUCGUCUCGGUGGCGGAUUCGCUCCACGACCAGUGGGUGGCUUCAGUGGUCCCCGCUACGGUGGCUACCGCGCUGGAGGAUUCGGUGGUGGCUACGGUGGUGGCUACGGCGGUCCCAGGUACGGUGGCUACCAUGCUGGAGGAUGGUACUAAGCGCUCGGCUUCAACUUAGCUAAUAGAUGCAUGGAGUGGUAGUGUAUAAUUAGUGUGUGCGAUGAAUGUUAUUUGGAUGGACAAAAAA